AUGUCUUCUACUAAUUUAUCUAAUUCAGCUAAUACAAAUCCUUCCACCAACUCAACCUCUGCCAUCACUCCAAAUACUGAUGAGCUCAUAACUAAUUCUAUUAUCUCCAACUCUUCUUCCUCUAUCUCCCAUUCUUCUCAUUCAAUCCUUUUACCUGCUCCUCCUCCAAAGGAAAACCCAUGGACAAAAAGAAAACUAUCUCAAUCAAUACCAAAUCAAAAUAUCUCGGCUCCCAAUAUCGAUAUCUCUAAUAACAACAACAUCACUAUUCCCGAUAUUUCAAAUCACAAACAAAUCUCCAAUACUUCAGAACAGAUACAACAUCAAAAUACAUUUAUCUCAAAUAAUAACACCAAUACUAAUAAUAUCAACAAUAUCAACAAUAUCAAUAACACUAAUAGCACCAAUAACACUAAUAACACUAAUAACACUAAUAAUAAUGAUAAUACUAAUAACAACUCUACAAUAUCAAAACAAAAACUUAAAUACUCAAAAAAUCAAAAAUGGAUUCCUUACCCUGAUGCUGAAAUCGAAUUGUUUCCCACAAAUAAAGACAAAAAAUCAAAACAAAAACAAAAACAAAACAAAAAAAAACAAUCUCAAUCCAAUCUUAACCUCAUCUCAAAUGAAUCAAAUAUCUCAAAUAUCUCAAAUAAUGAUUCAAAUUAUUCAAAUGUUUUAAAAAAAGAUUUAUCCAAUCUAAAAAAAGAUUCAAUUAAUCCAAAUAAUGACUUCAAUCAUACCAACAAUAAAAAAGAUAAAUCUCAAUUCAAAAAACCAAAUUCCUCUCCAAAUUUACCUCCCAUCCCUCUCUUUAACAAAAAAAUAUCUCCCACUUCCACUUCCACUUCUACUUCCGCAAAUAAAAAUCAAAUUCAAAUAAAAAAAUCAAAUUUCAACGAUGCUUUUGAAAACCUCUCCAUUGAUACCAAUUUCAAUAAAAAAUCAAACGAAAAUCUCUCAAUCUUGUCCGAUUCCGAUUCCGAACCUUCAAACACUCUUCCCACUCAAGAUGUCUCUCAUAAAAUCGAUAAAGACACCAACACAAAUCAUAUCCAAAAAUCCGUUGAUAAAUCUCCUAACAAUUAUAAGCCCAAAAAUAUUUCAAAUACAAAUUCAAAUUACAAACGCUCCUACAAUAACGAUAAUACAAACUCAAAAUACAAUAAUCACCAAUUUAACAAAUAUAAUAAAACUCAUCAUCAACGUCGUUCCUUUGACCGCCAAAAUUACACAAAUAAAUACAACAACAACAACAACAACAACAACAAUAAUAAUAAUAAUAAUAAUAAUAAUAAUAAUAAUAAUAAUAAUAAUAGCGCUUCUAACAACGAUAGCAAUACUACUACUUCUACUAACAAUAAUAAUAGCGCUAAUAACAAUAACAACAAUGACAAUAACAAUAAUGAAAGCACUAGUAACAAAAAUAAUAAUCGUUACAAUAAUAGAAAUUCUUAUACAAUCAAUCCCUUUUAUAGCCCUUAUCAAAUUUCAGCUAUCUCCCCUGCUCAAUCUUAUAUUGCUCCAAAUCCAUUUUAUCCAAACACUAUACUAUCUCCAAAUGUCAUCAAUCCUAUCCAAUUUUCCCCAAUAUAUACAACCGCUUUGAAUCCUGCUGGAAAUAACAAUAUUCCGGUUAGAAGUUUUAGUGACAACAGCAACAGCUCUAAAUCUUUUAAAAAUGAUUAUAACAUUUCUGACACUAAAAAAAGAACCUCUUCUUCAAAAUCCCCUUUAGAUUAUGACUCAAAUGAUUACACCCUUAUUAGUCCAGAUAACAUAUCUCCUUAUGAUUCUAGAUCCAAUAUCAAUAAUUUACCCCAAUUUAAUCAAUAUAACCCAUUAAACCAACUAAAUCAAGUUUCACAAUUAGCUCAUUUGCAACCACUAGUAUUUUCUCCUGUUUAUCUUCCUCAGGUCUAUGAUGAAAGAUUAUCAUUGAUGAUUACACAAUUGUCUUACUACUUUUCGUUUGAAAAUCUAAUAAAAGACACAUACUUGAGAAAAUUAAUGAAUGCUGAAACUGGAGGGGUUAAACUAUCUAAAAUUGCUGGUUUUAAUAGAAUUAAAACCAUUGUUAUUAAUGAUUCAUUAACUAACGCUAGUAAAAGUAAAGAGGAAAUUCUAGAAGAAACAAUCGAAUUACUCAAAUACGCUAUCAGUUGCAUUGGUGAGCUCGAAUUGAUUAAUGAUUCAGAGGUUAGAUCCCUAGAUUGGAAAAAUUGGAUUUUCACUUCUACAAAUUCACACAAUUCAUCUGAAUAA